GGGUUGGCCUUUGCCGGAAAGAGCGUGGGGAUGACGUAAAGUGUCGCGCUGCGAGCGAUUCCGGAAGAAACAGGAGUGCGGCGUGAACAUGGGGAAGCAAAAGAAAACAAGGAAAUAUGCGACUAUGAAGCGAAUGCUCAGUCUGAGAGACGAGCGACUUAAAGAAAAGGAUAGGUUGAAGCCUAAGAAGAAAGAGAAGAAAGAUCCGAGCGCGCUGAAGGAAAGAGAAGUCCCCCAGCAUCCUUCCUGCUUGUUCUUCCAGUAUAAUACACAGCUGGGUCCACCUUACCACAUCCUUGUCGAUACCAACUUCAUCAACUUUUCCAUUAAGGCCAAACUGGACUUAGUGCAGUCAAUGAUGGACUGUCUGUAUGCCAAGUGUAUCCCUUGUAUAACUGAUUGUGUAAUGGCUGAAAUUGAGAAAUUGGGACAGAAGUAUCGUGUGGCACUAAGAAUCGCCAAGGAUCCACGGUUUGACCGAUUGCCAUGCACACACAAAGGAACCUACGCUGACGACUGCUUGGUACAGAGAGUAACUCAGCACAAGUGUUACAUUGUGGCCACAGUUGACCGUGACCUCAAACGAAGAAUCCGGAAGAUCCCUGGCGUCCCUAUCAUGUACAUAUCUAACCACAGAUACAACAUCGAGCGGAUGCCAGAUGAUUAUGGAGCCCCUCGCUUCUAAUUCUCACUCCACAGACUCUGCCUGCCAUUCUUGGACCAUCUCUCUCUUGUCAGUUAAUUAAACACACUUUCUGAUUUUUAAAAAUG